CACGUGUUGAUGAACAGAUACACACACAGCUGUUUUGUUGGCACGCUCCGGUGAACUCCUCGCUUAAAAUACACCGAGCGAGGGCGUUGACUUUAAUCAAACUGUUUAAAGAGGCUGUUCCUAUGUGAUGGAAAAGAACCACACGGGGUCAAAGGUUAAACUCCUGGAGGGAGGCGGAGAAGAUCUUUAAUUAAACCUACACAGCGUCGUCAACCACUGGAAGUUUCUGCUUCAAACUGAAGUUUCACCGACAGCUUGGAUACUCUUUUGGGCUUUUAUGUGGUUUUUUUAAGUUUUGUUUUUUAUUUGGUCAUGGUUCCUGUUUGAAGAAGAGUCUUUUCAGGGGGUUUACCUGACGUCAGGAGCAGCAUCAGAUCUGGAGAGGCUUCUUCAUUAGCUUGAAGUCCCCGUGAGAUGGAUGAGCAGGUGAACCCGUUGGACAGAGACCACUCUCUGUCUGUGGUUCUGCCGUGCGGACUGGAGAAGCAUGCCACAGUGCAUGGAAGCAAACCGGUGAUGGACCUAUUGGUGACCCUCUGUGCGAGUUACCACCUGAAUCCGUCUGACUACACCGUCGAGUUUCUCUCGCCCAACAAGAACAACAUCCGCUUCAAACCAAACUCUCCCAUCGGCUCACUGGAAGCCGAGACGAUCGUGCUGAAGCCUAAAGGCAUAGAGGAAAAGAUCAGGAGGCCGUACAUGCCCGAGCCGUCUGUGCGUCUGUUGAUCAACUACAAUAAGUCCCAUAAGGCCGUGGUGCGUGUGAAUCCCAAAGUGCCCCUUGAGUUGCUGUUGCCAGUGGUGUGUGACAAGUGCGAGUUUAAGGUAGAAACAACCGUGUUACUGAGAAACUCGCAGUCCAAAGAGCCACUGGAUUUGACCAAGAGUUUAGACGGCCACAGUCUGAGGGAGGUUUUCGCCAAAGACACCGCUGUUGAGCAUCAACAUCGAUCCAAGACGCCUGAAACAGCUGUCACGCCAGCAGAGGUCAUCACACCACCUCCGCUACAAGACCUUCCAAAGACGGAGAAGAAGCAGAAGGAGAAUAACGGCUUUCUCAGUUUAUUCAGAAUGAGGAAGAAAAAGCCUCAAACGGAAGGGACAGGGAGUGCCCCAGCUUCUCCUGGUCUCAAGGUGGGAGUCAGCGGAAAUGUGCAGAGUGUUUCUUCUUCUUCUUUUAACACGCUGACGACAGACAUGCCCAAGAAGAGACGAGCCCCCCAGCCACCCGUCGGUGCAUCACAGAGCAUCCCCAACAACCUCGCCACCUGUCAUCUCAGAGGAGCACAGAGGUCUGCAGAGUCCACAUUAAGGAGCACCAAGAGGAGGGCCCCUCCCCCUCCCUGUACCAACAACCACCAGGAGCUACAGGCACACACCGAGGUUAAAGGGACUCUUGACUCCCUGCGUCCUUUGGCUGAGCUGGGAGAAAGUGACGAGUCAGACUCUAUAACCCUCUCAUAUUCCUCAUCUUCAUCACCCCUACCAUCACACUCACGCUCAUCCUCAUCCUUCUCACGACCGUCGCUGCCUCAUCUCCAAGACGUGGGCGAGCAUCUGCCUUCAUUUCGAGGGAAAGACCUAUCAGAAGCCCGCUGUGCUCUGGCCAAAGUGUUGACGUCCUCUAUCAGCAAAGGAGCGCUGAUGAAACGUUUCAGUAGUUCUAGCACGUUACCAAAUUCAAACAGUAGCUCCUCCUUUAUUACAAUGACUCACAGACGCUCAGAAAACGGUCUUGACCGCGUAGAACUGGAACCUGAUUUAACGUCCGACCUCACCGCUGAGUCUGAGUGGGAGGAUCCAAUUGAGAGGAGGAUGCUGACCACGUUUAAAGUGGUUCCAUCCAGGAAGCAGAGGUUGACAAAUGGAGAAAUCAUCCUGAAAGUUCCAGAGCAGAUAACGUUAGAAGAAAUCCAAAAGAGUGAAGCGUCUCAAGAGGUCAUCAAGGAUCCAACUGAGAAAGAGGAGGAUCCAAGAUAUUUGGACGAAUCACAGGCCGAAACAUCUUCGUCAAGUCCAGAACGUUCUUCUCACUCUCUUCCAAAUCCACUUGAUUUUGACAAAUAUCUGGAUUGUCAAAUCUCAACGCCAUCUGAGGUUGGAGAGACCUUUGAAAGGAAGGCAGAAGAAGAACCUGAAGCGACGUCUGAGGUGCAAGAAGAAGCAGAAGAAUUUCCCAGUGAAGCUCAGAUUCACCCUGAGGAUGAGGGGGGACUACUUCUAAGCCCCAGUACAGAGUCUGUGAGAUCAGACUCAGACCAUGGUGGUUCAAACACCAAUGAGGAGGAAGUAGAGGAGGAAGUAGAGGAGGAAGCAGAGGAGGAAGCAGAGGAGGAAGCAGAGGAGGAAGCAGAGGAGGACUGUUUCCCUUCUCCUCCUCCACCUGUUUUCUUUAAUGAAGACAUAGAAGUGGACAAAAAAGAAGCUACAAAUUCCUCUUCACCAUCAAAUCUGACCUCUAACGGGCAAAUGAAUACACCCAGUGAGGAGCAUCAGAGUGUGCCCACUUCAUCCUCGGCUUACAUGUCUGCAGCUGCACAGAGACCCGAUGACGAGACCAGCGCAGCCCCGUCCAGGUUUGCGCAGGCGGUGGCGUUGGCGGUGCAGAGGUCCCACACCCAGAGCCACGGGAAGAGUUUCGGCCCUCAGGCUCCCAGUGGUCCAAACAGCACACUUCCCUCAUCGCCCAGGUCCAUAUACCAGUACGGUGCCUGACCGGCUUCCUCCCACGUCUCUGAAUGGAAGUUUUUGUUUUAGGGUGAGGGUGAAGGUUCAAAGUGGAUUAAGGACACCAGACUCUGCAUGUGACCUCCAGGUAGCUCAAAUCAAAAGGUCAGCUGAAGAAUUCCCCCCAAAAAGACGUGCGUCAAUUCUGACAAGAAGCAACUCAUUUGCUUGCUGUUUUUAUUUCUUCUCUCGUUUUUAUUUCUCAAGACACAGCGAUGUCUCUUUUUACGUUUGACUCGAUGUUCACGGGUUGAACAUAAAUAUUUCUGUUUGUCAAAGACGCCAAAUGUACAGGACAUGAAUUGUUGAACUGACAAUGUCCUGUUUUUUCUUUACUUCCUUUUGACUUUUCAUUCAAGAUGUGCCAAGGCGGACAUAACGCUGACGUGAGAACUUAUUUUUUUGUAACUUUGCGUGAAACAAAAGACACUGGAAUAAUACGUCUCUAUAUUUGUGCCAGGAUUUAUUUUUUUAUUCUGUAAGAUGUGAAGAAUGCUGUAAAACUCAUGAACUCUGUUUCAGAUUGUAAUGCUUUAUCGCCACCAGGUGGCAGUAGAGUAUUGUUUCUAAAUGAAAACACUUGUAAUAUCCAUCUGUUAGGUGUUUUCCUCUAUAUGAGUUGUGCUGGAUUUAUCACAAGUGUCACAUUUAAUAGAAAUGUAAAUAUGAUUUUCUGUUUACUCAGGAAUCAUAAAUUAACUUGCAUGAAAAAUGAUUCUAAUUCAUCGUGCUUAAAUGUCUACACAAAGGUCAUCCUCUGUCCAUAGCUCAACAUCUUUUUAAAAUAACAAAAAUACAUUAUUGCAGACAUGCGAAUGUCCUGAAUUUAAAGCAACAAAAUAAAUAAAAAACAUCCUUGUCGGAAGCAUCAGUUUUA